AUGUUUUUAUUCCUAUUCAAAUCGAAAUAUCGGAAAAAAAGUGACAAUAUUGUAAAAAAUGUGUGGUGCUUAGUGGUUAUUUCAAUAUGUGUUGUGAGUGUAGUUUGUUAUAAUGAAUGUCCAGAAAAUUCAUGUAGUGGUAAUGGAAAGUGUGUGAAUGGAACUUGCUUUUGUUAUGAUGGAUGGCAAGGUCCUAGCUGCCAAUUUUGUGGUGGUAAAGUAAGACUGUCUGAACCUUAUGGAAUUAUACAUGAUGGUGUAGGAAAUUAUUCAAUAGAUGUGAAAUGCAGUUGGCUCAUUGAUGCUGGUACCAAUGCUUCAGUCAGACUACAUUUGGAAGAAUUUGCCACAGAAUGUGGUUGGGAUCAUUUAUAUAUUUUCGAUGGUGAUAGUGUAAAUUCACCACUAUUAGCUGUGUUCAGUGGUCUUAUGUACAAAGAUGGAUACUCGGUAAAGAGAAUUCCAGAGAUUGUGGCUCAAUCUGGUUCGGCAUUGUUGCAUUUUUACAGUGAUGUUGCUUAUAAUAUGACUGGUGAUGACUGCAGUCAAAUAGCUUAUUUGGGCUAUUGGGAAAUGAUAGAUUCAAAAGGUUUCAUACCUGUUGGAUCUGCAAGUCAUGAGGCUGUUGUUUUUAGAGACUCUAUGUAUAUAAUUGGGGGUGAAAGCUAUAAAAGAGGAAAAAUGACAUACAUUUAUGAUUUUACCGGUAAUGUGUGGGAAACGUUGCAUAUGGACAAUAAGCCAUUUCCUACAGGGAGAUAUGGUCAUUCUGCAGUACUUUUUGGGGAUAAAAUCUACGUUUACGGGGGAGUGGAAGAUAAUGGUGUCGUUUCUAAUGAACUUUGGGCUUUCGACGUGUCUUCAAAAAUAUGGGAAAACGUAACGGUGAGAUCCGAUCAUUGCAACGGAACCGGUGGACCAUAUUCAAAUGGAAGUCACGUUUGCAGUCCUUUACGAUCAGUUGGUCACACCGCAACGGUUGUUGCCACGCAGUCGAAAAAAUCAGAUAGAAUGAUUGUGAUUUUUGGUCACUCUCCAAUUUAUGGAUAUUUGAAUACCGUUCAAGAAUUUUAUUUCGGUACCAGAGAAUGGAGCAUUGUAAAAACACGGGGUCAUCCGGUAAAAGGAGGUUACGGACAUUCUGCCACUUUGGAUCCCUAUACUCAUAAAAUUUACGUGUACGGAGGAUUAAUGAGUGAUCGUCAGUCCAAUCCAUAUUUAAGUGAUAAAUUAUAUUCAUACGAUCCGAAUACUCAUUUUUGGAUUUUAUUAAGACCGGGUCCAUCUGCUAGAUACCUUCAUACUGCAUCUUUUCUUCACCCAGGUUUAUUACUCGUGUUUGGAGGAAAUACGCAUAACGAUACCGUACAUUCACACGGGGCUAAAUGUUACUCGGGAGAAAUGUUAUCGUACGACGUGAUAUGUGAUUCUUGGCAGGUUUUAAACGUUCCCAAAGGUUUGAGAGCCGAUGUUGCACGAUUUGGUCAUAGCGCCGUCAAAUUCGAAGGUAGCCUUUACAUCUACGGAGGAUUCGAUGGAGUUAUGUUAAAUGAUAUUCUCAAAUACACUCCAGGAAAAUGUGAUGGAGCCAUUACUCAAUCCUCUUGUUUAAACGGUAAACCGGGAAUUAAAUGUAUUUGGGAUAGGAAAAAUCAAACUUGUAUUUCGUUGACAUCGGUUUCGAGUGCCGUUUUGGAAAAUGAAGGAGAUUUAAGGGAUGGAACUUCAAAUUAUGUACGAUGUUCUGAGAGACCAAGGACUGACACUCAUAGAGCUUUUAAGGAAUGUAGCCACUUGCCGGAUUGCAUAAGUUGCGUUACCACUUCCUUUGAAUGCCAGUAUUGUUCAGGAGUUAAGACUGUUGCUUGCGUUCUCGGAGGAGGAUGCAAAGAAUCGCAUACGUCCAAUUCUAUUCCUACUAGUUACGGUUUAAAAACAGAGCAGCCAUUAACAUCAUACGAAAUGUGCGAUUUCACCGAUGAUCCGGUUUGCCAUCAACUACAUUCUUGCCAAGCUUGCACUAGUCAUCCGUAUUGCCGAUGGGAUUACGCAGCAAACAGAUGUCAAGCGGAAAAGAAUUUAACAGCCAGAGAAUCUCAGGAAUUAGUUCAAUGCACGAGUAGCUGUUCGGAAUAUUCUUCUUGUUUUAAUUGCACGGUCGAAGAGUGUAUUUGGUGUCAAAAUGAGGGUAGAUGCGUUGAUAAGAAUGCGUAUACGGCGUCUUUCCCAUACGGACAAUGCAGAGAGUGGACAACCAUUCAAAGCAGGUGUAGAAUCACAUCGAAUGAAUCAGGUUGCAGUUUUUAUCAGACUUGUAACGAAUGCCAAAGCGAUCCCGAAUGUGGGUGGUGCGACGAUGGGUCCGGAACUGGAUUAGGAAAAUGUUUACCCGGAGGAAAUCACGGGAAUUAUGACGUUUCGGACAUUGAAGGAAAUGAUGUCUCGCAUUUUGGUAGUUUAACUUCCCAAAUUCUUGGUAAAAUUUUUUUUUUUCGUUUUUUUAUUUCCAUGCGCCAUUUUUUAUACAAUCAAACGCAAUUCACGUGGGUUUGGGGUUUCGGCCUUAAAUGCCCGGAGAAUCGAUGGUUCUUCACGAAAUGUCCACCAUGUCAGUGUAACGGACACUCCACGUGCCCCGAUAACUCUGGUGUAUGUAAACAACCAUGUGCUAAUUUAACAACCGGAGAACAUUGCGAUCGAUGCACGACCGGUUAUCAUGGAAAUCCAGUUAACGGCGGCCAUUGCUCUCCUUGCGACUGUUCGAAUCACGGUACUCUUUGCAACGCGGAAACGGGAAGAUGUUUUUGCACGACCAAAGGUAUCAUAGGAGAUAAGUGCGACAAGUGUGACGUAACCAAUCACUAUCACGGAGAUCCCGCGAACGGAUCUUGCUUUUACGAUUUGACCAUAGAUUAUCAGUUUACAUUUAAUUUAUCGAAAAAAGAUGAUAGGCAUUUUACUCAGAUAAAUUUUAAAAACAGUCCACCGAAAAGUGACAUAGAUGCGGAUUUUAGCAUCAGUUGUUCGGAAUUUGCUAAAAUGAACAUAACCAUUCGUACAGUUGGCAUACCUGAAAAACAAAUUCUCAGCGAAUACGUUUGUAAUAAGAAUUCAUCGUUUAGAAGUCGGUUUGCUAAAAACGAACACAUUUUCGGCGUGGUCGAUAAUAUCACGCAAACGACAUUUUACGUUUACGUUUACGAUUUUCAAUCUCCGAUUGUAAUUGUUAUAUCAUUUUCCCAGUAUCCUAAACUUAAUUUACAGCAAUUUUUUAUUACUUUUUCAACGUGCUUUUUACUUCUUUUGUUAAUUGCUGCUCUGAUGUGGAAGAUAAAACAAAAAUACGACAUGUUUAGAAGGAGGCAGAGACUUUUCGUAGAAUUAGAACAAAUGGCUUCGAGGCCAUUUUCUCAGGUGCUAGUCGAAAUCGGUGAGAAGGAGAAAAUAUUGGAGAACAAUCAAAAUAAUCAAGAAGGAUGUAACGAAGUGUCCAAUUGCACAAGUUUGAGAAAAAGGAAAAAAGAUUGUCCGAGUCCGAUCGCUCUCGAACCGUGUUCCGGGAAUCGCGCUGCCGUCCUAAGUUUACUAGUGAGAUUACCCACCUGCGAUGAAGCCUACGCUCCUUCCGGACAGUCUGGUUUAGCCAUAGCUUCGGCAUUGGUCACGUUAGGAAAUCCUAGAAAAGUGAGCAUAGAUCCGACGACGAAAACGGAAACGACAAAAACAAAAGGACGAAAAUCAUUCACGAGUCAACAUCCAGACAGUUGA